UCUACUAAGAAGCUCUUAACACACAAUCUUCUCUCUCCUCUCUAUCAUCUAUCCAUCUCUCUCUCACACACUCUCUCAAUGGCUAUUCAAGCGUUUUCCAUUGUUUCUCUUCUAUUCUUCUUCUUCUUCAAUUUAUGCCUCCAUGGCGCUUAUGGUGACUAUGGAGGGUGGCAAGGUGCUCAUGCCACUUUCUAUGGUGGGGGUGAUGCAACUGGCACAAUGGGAGGCGCUUGUGGAUAUGGAAAUUUGUAUAGCCAAGGUUAUGGUACUAACACUGCAGCACUAAGCACUGCUUUAUUCAACAAUGGCUUGAGUUGUGGAGCAUGCUAUGAGAUCAAAUGCAAUGAUGACCCACAAUGGUGUCUCCCUGGGACCAUCACUGUGACUGCUACAAACUUCUGCCCACCUAACCCUUCUCAGUCUAAUGACAAUGGUGGGUGGUGCAACCCUCCCCUCCAACAUUUUGAUUUAGCAGAGCCUGCUUUCUUACAAAUUGCCCAAUACAAAGCUGGAAUUGUUCCUGUGUCUUUCCAAAGGGUGCCUUGUGUGAAGAAAGGAGGAAUAAGAUUUACAAUCAAUGGUCACUCUUACUUCAACUUGGUCUUGGUCAGCAACGUUGGUGGCGCAGGAGACGUCCAGUCGGUGUCGAUUAAGGGGUCUAACACAGGGUGGCAACCCAUGUCAAGGAAUUGGGGCCAAAACUGGCAGAGUAACUCCUUGCUCAAUGGCCAGUCGCUCUCAUUUCAAGUCACUACUAGUGAUGGAAGGACUGUUACUAGCUACAACGCGGUGCCUGCUAAUUGGCAGUUUGGCCAAACAUUUGAGGGGGGUCAAUUCUAAGUUUUCAUGACACCCAUUGGGAUACAAAUUUGUACAUGGUGUUGAAAUUGAGAAUGGGAUAGGUUUUGGAGAGACAUGAGAAAAUUGAGAGUCUAUUGACGUGGUGGAUUAGUGGCUAACUAAUACCCGCUUAGGCCUACACAUAUAUAUAAAGUUUGAGUUAAAGUAAUUUGUAGACAGAGAUAUUCAAUGGGGAGCCUUAGGUUAAAAUUAAGGCCAUAUGAAUAUCAUGUAAAGUUUGUAUAUUUAAUCCCCAAUUUGGUAUAGAAACCCAAUUUGAGGCAAAUUUGUAUCAAUGAAAUUCUUCAGCGCAUUUCCAUAA